AUGGGAAACUCCAAUUGUAGUUUUUAUUCUGCUUGUUAUUCGGGUCAUAUUGAUACAGUCAAAAAAAUGUUAACAACAAUGAAAUUAAAAGAAAUAAAUCGUAUAGAACUCAAUGGUAAUACAACAGUACAUGUGACUGCUUCGAAUGGACAUUUUGAAAUUAUUGAAUUGCUUCUUAAGCAUGGAUGCUCGACUACAACAACUAAUAAAGAUGGGAAAACUACAGCGUAA